AUCCGUCUGCUGUGGAGCAAAUCGUUACGGGGCUUCCGGUCGAUUCGGAUUUGUUGGUUUUGCGACGCUCCGGAACGUUCUUUCCCUAUCUAUUUGUGAACGAAUUCUGUUACUCGUUAGCUCGCUGGGUGGUCGCUCUUGCUUGCUCUCCUGCUCAAAUUGUUGCCUACACUUUUAUCUCUUUUUGAGACGGUUGAGACCUUUGUGAUCAUACCCUAUCAAAGAAUGAAUAUUUUUGCCCUGCUUCUGACCUUGCUGCUGGUUUUCUCUGCAUAUAUUGUUGGAUGUGAAGGCCUGCGAUGCCAUGAGUGCUCUUCAGCAGACCACACUGCCUGUGAGGACCCAUUUGACAAAGACCGUGCCAAAGCAGCUGGCUUUCUCACAUUGUGUGAUGAGCCCACCAAGCAGGGGCAGCGGGUGCUCUGUCGGAAAACACACCAGACAGUGCUGGGCAACGUGCGCAUAAUCCGCUCGUGCGGAUACGCCAACCACAGCGAGACUUGCGUGGGCUCCCGCAAUGCGGAGGUGGUGGUUCGCUCUUGCCAGUGCUUCGAGAAAGACGGAUGCAACGGAGCGACUACGAUGACAAUCGCCGGCACCGUGGUGGUGCUGGCUGCCGCACUGCGCGCCAUCUACUGAGCGCCGCCCUAAGCUGGAGUUCGGAGCCCCACCAGUAGGUUAUGUUUGUGGAGACAUUCUGUUCCUAAGAUCACAAUGUUCGUUUAGGAUGUGUAGUUUUGUUAUCGAUCUUACCAUGUGAUAUUUUGCUACGCCAUAUUUACUUGUGGUUCAUUUUUCCAAGACAAUCAGGAGUUUUGCAUUUGGAUGUGAUAUUUUUGCCGAUAAGUUUGUAUACAAUAUUUCAGUGUCACAUGUCGUGUGUUAGGAUAUUUGAGUGAUCUCACACCUGUGUUUCGGUCAGUUCCGGGGCUCCGGAGCUCUCAGUCAAACGUAGUGUCCUGGAAUGACGACUAGACUGGCUUGGUAGUGCCGUGUCUGUAGUCUCUCGGGUCGAUGUUGCUCACACACCCUACUCUAGUCAGAUACUCUUCCACUUUGGCCAAUAGAUUUUAAAUGGAUUCAUGCGGUAGAGCUUAACAGUAUUAGAGAACUGUUACCAUGAUGAUUAAAUUCAGAGAUCAGGCGAUUGGAUUCGCUAUGGAUGUCUUCUGUGUUCUUGCAUUGACACAUCAAAAGAGAGUUAGAGUCUUGCCUCAUGCUUCCAAAGAUAAAGGCUUUGAGGGCAUACCAUUUCGAAGUUAGUUCAUGGGAACAGGCAAACAUAUAAUUUUGUGGCAAGACACUCCGAAGCUCCGAGAUUGGACGUGCCCGGGAGGCAUCAUGUUCAGAAUAAAGACAUUCGUACAGCAGGGGUUCAACAUUCCUACUUAUAUGCUACGUGGUUUCUGUACGCCGGUAACAGGGUAGACGUUCAUAGUGGCCAACUAACUACGUAAUGCAACAUUAUUGUAAACCGGGUACAUUGCAAAUGUCAUUAUUGUUACCAUGUAUAUUUUUCUACUUAUUUUGGUGUUGACAUCCAAAUGACAUCACUAUUCGAACAGGGAAGCCGAAUUUCUGUUGUUGUUUUUUCGAUGUCGCGCGGUCAGAUCUUUCCACAUCGUGGUUAAAUGAAGAGCCUGUUCUGCUGUCAAACAUUGCAUUUAGACCAGCAGACCUAGCUCAAUGCUUCCGUCCCUAUUGACUUAAAGUCUUUUCCAGUGCAAGGAUAUAUGCCAAGACAGUUUGAUGUUUCAACGAUCCAUUUUUGAACGGAACUUUGAUAUGAAUGUGAAUCGGUGCGAUGGUUGAAGUUGUGAUUUGGGCGGUACCAUAAGCCAUAUUUAUUAAAAUUGAGCUAUUUGUGCCGUAUGCUGGCAUCGAGAGCAGUUGUCACUGGUAUUUUUGUAAUUUUUACGUUACAGAUUGUAUUGUAUGAUUUUCUUUUCAAAAGGCUGUCAUUCGGUAAUUUCCAGGAUAUAUGCUGAGAGGAUUUCUGAACUAUUUCCUCGAAGAGAAAGCCAUAACUUGAUAAACGGGCUAAUAUUCCUAAAUGGGUUAUUUGAGCGAACUUUAAUGCAAACUUACUAGAUGGCUUCACAGUCGCGUCACUGAAGCACAGCGGCGCAAGUUAGAUCGUGCUAAACUAGCUGCCUUUCAGAUCUCAAAUUGAAAUGUGCAUACGUAGCGAGGUCACGAUACCAGUAUGGUUGCAGUAGCCAAGUGCCUUUGUUUUGUAGAUGCCUGUGUGUGUGCGAGACUGAAAUAAAUGUGAAAGAACGAGA